CAGCCAGUCGCUGGUCAACCGCAGACCGAGUGAACAAGACCUACCGAGAAGUGGGGUGAAGAAGCAAAAUGUCGACACACGAUACUGGCCUCAGUUCCGAUUGGGAUGUUCUUCUCCGCAUUGGCCGUCAACAUGCGCAGCAUGGUGCCUGGGAGCAGGCUUCUCGAGCUCUUUAUACCGCUCUGGAGAGAUGCCAACAGUUGACAAACUCUGACGGGGAUCUGAAUGUCUGCAUCAUACUUCGAGAGAUUGCAUCUGUGGAACGCGCGAUGGGAAGGUACAGCAAUGCUCUCGCUGUGCUGGAGCAGCUUCUCGCCAAAUUGGGUAACACAGAGCAACUACGGCUCAAAGUUUUGGGAGAGUACGGUACAGUGCUUCGGUCGAUGGGGCGAUUAGAGGCCGCCCGUGAUGCGUUCUCGCAGCAGUAUGACAUGGCUCUCCAGCUGAAAGCCGAGCAACAGAAGUGCCGUUCGAUUGGAAACCUUGGAGUCAUCAACUUCCAGCUCUGGCAACGCACGGGAGAUGACAUGCUCCUCUCCACUGCCUUCACCCAGCUUGAGGAUCGUGUCGAAUCUGCUCGGGCUCUACGACGGGUCUUCGCCACAGACUCAGCGAAAGACAGCAAGGUUGAUUAUGUUCUGACAUUAGAAGCUGUUGGUCUUGCAAGGCUAUCGCUCUGCCACGACGCUCGAGGAUCCAAGUCGGAGGCGGUAGCGACAGCACUGCAAUCGCUGGGGCUUGCCCGUGGACUCUCGGACCCUACAGUGGAAGCAAUAUCCCGUUUCUUCUAUGGCCGAGCGCUGCUCAAUGUUGACAAACGCACGGAAGCGCUUGCGCAGUUUGACUUGCCCAAAGCUUGUUCUCCUGCAGUGGCAUUUUGCAAAGAGCCCUCCGAAGAGAAUCAUGUCUAUCUCAAGGAGCUUCUAGACUGUGGUGCUGAUAUGGAUACUCCAGACGAGCACAGCUAUACCGCAUUGGACUAUGCCGUAUUCAACGGUGACCAGGAUGCCAUCGGCAUUGUGGUCGAGUCGUUGCGCCAGCGCGCUCUCAUACGCAAGGACAAUCCGGAAGUUCAAGUUGCGGAACGCGUUCGAGAGGCAGAGCUGCGAACGGGUUAUCGUGAGAUUCUACAAGAAGGAAUGCGACCACUCUUUCUUCGUCCCGAUAACGACACACUUCAGCAAGUGCGUAUAGCAUACGCCGGUACCCAUGAACGCUAUGGGAAGACUGGACGAUCAUUCGAUCCCCUCAAGUUUGUCAGAUAUCAGGACUUCCGCGACUUCCAGAAGUUUCCCCGGUCGAGCGAUGGCAUUACUCAGAUCUUCAACGAGACUGCAAAGGAAAUUCGACAUGUCGUGUUCAUCUCAUACCGAUGGGUCAAUCGUGAUCCUUGGGCAAAAUUCCCUGAUGAUUCAGAGAACAGUCAGUACCGCAGGACUCUUGCCGCAGUGGACGACUUUCUGGCAGCCAGUCCAUCGAUUGAGCCGAAAUCCCUGGGUAUAUGGAUCGACUUUGCAUGCAUUGAUCAGGACGAUCCGAUGCCCGGCAUUGCUGCUCUGCCAAUGCUGAUUGCACAAUGUGACGCACUUAUCAGCCUUGUGGACGAAAGGUAUUAUGACCGUGCCUGGUGUUCUGUUGAAGUCAUGAUGAUCCAUGCUCUGCGGAAAGCAUACGGACUUCAUGCGUGGUAUGAGCACGUCGACGAGCCAGGAAACAGAUAUGUACUCCGAGCAGGACCAAUCCAGGCCGAAAUCGAUCCAAGCAAGAAGCAACUACGGUUCCAGAGCGACCUGGCACGCGUACAGUUCUUGCAGCGACAAUGUCAAUUGUUGUGUUGA